CGAUCGGAGCUCCACUUCCAGCCUUGCCCAGUACCACAUGGCACAGCAGCACGAGAGUCUGAUGUUAUGAAGGAUCAGAUGAGCUACAUGUAGUUGGGCUUAAUAAAUAUUAUUAUAGACGUGUUAUCGAAGAGGAAGCCAGCACUAGGAAAAUGUCGCAAUUACAGGCGAGGUUCACCACAGAGGACCAAAGAUAUGUUGUAGAUGAUGUCCCAUUCUCCAUCCCAGCCGGAUCUGAAGUUCAGGACCUCAGCAAUCUUAUCAACAAACUACUAGAGUCUAAAAAUGCAUCUCACAGCAAAGUGGAUUUCGACUUUCUGGUUCAGGGACAAUUCCUGCGGGUGCCGCUGUCCAUUCACAUGGAGACAGAGGGCAUAUCAACGGAAGAGGUGGUGGAGAUUGUAUACGUGGAGCGAAUCACAGCCCCAGAGCCUGAGGAGUGUAUGAUGCACGAUGACUGGAUUAGCUCAGUAGAUGCAGAUGCUGAAUGGAUCUUGACAGGGUCAUAUGACAAAACAGCCAGGAUCUGGUCCAUAGAGGGUAAAGUGAUGGUAGUAAUACCUGGACACACAGAUGUCAUCAAAGAUGUAGCCUGGGUCAAAAGAGACAGUCUAACAUCUCUGUUGCUAACGGCCUCUCUGGACCAAACCAUCCUGCUAUGGGAGUGGAACUCUGAGAUGAACAAAGUGAAGGCCAGACACUGCUGUCGGGGACAUGCAGGGAGUGUUGACACUGUUGCCACGGACCCAACAGGAUCAAAGUUCUGCAGUGGCUCCUGGGACAAAAUGUUGAAAAUAUGGUCAACAGCGCUUACAGAUGAAGCAGAAGAGUUUGAAGAACCCGGUGACAGGCCGAGGAAGAAACAGAAGACACAACAGCUGGGACUGACCAGAACUCCCCUGAUGACUUUGUCUGGACACAAUGAAGCCAUUUCCUCUGUCCUGUGGAGUGACAGUGAAGAAGUUUGCAGUGCCUCCUGGGACCACACCAUUCGAGUGUGGGACCUCGAGACAGGGGGGACAAAGACAACAUUGAUGGGCAGCAAAGUCUUUAACUGCAUUUCCUACUCCCCACUAUGUCGACGGCUGGCAUCAGGCAGCACUGACAGACACAUCAGGCUGUGGGACCCUCGCACCAAAGACGGGUCCCUGGUGCUGCUGUCUCUGACCUCACACACUGGCUGGGUCACCGCUGUGAAGUGGUCACCUGCACAUGAGCACCAGCUGGUCUCAGGUUCACUUGACAACCUUGUCAAACUGUGGGACACCAGAAGCUGUAAGGCUCCUCUGUUUGAUGUGUCUGCCCAUGAAGACAAAGUGUUUUGUGUGGACUGGACAGAAAGCGGGGUGAUGUUGAGCGGAGGUGCUGAUAACAAGCUGUACACCUACAGAUACUCUCCUUGUCAGACUGAUGCAGGGGCGUAGGCUCCUCAGCCUGCACACAUCCAGAACAGACAAUUUUGUAUUAUUGGGCAUACUUUGCUCCUUUAUCCUCCCCACUCUUAGGUUUUACACAUAUUUUCAUAUGGAUUAUCUUUAUUUUCCUGUAACCCAAGAAAACUAUAAAUUAAUUGUUUCCUGAAAUGUUGUCUUGUGAAGUUAUGUACCUGAAACAUGUAACAUUUUAUGCAAACAAUACAGACACAAAUAACUGAAUGAACAGUUACAGAGCGUUUGGUGUAUUGGAUCAAACUGUACAGGUACAACUAAUAAAGUGGCCAGAGAGUA